UCGGGCGGGGCGGGCAGGAGAGGCCGCCAGGUGCCCCCCGCCGCGGGCCCGGGCUCCCCGCCCCGGGGCGGCGGCGGCGGCGCCGGGCCCCGGGGCGGGGGGCGCGCCGGGAUGGGCCCCAAGCGGCGACAGCUGACGUUCCGGGAGAAGUCGCGGAUCAUCCAGGAGGUGGAGGAGAACCCGGACCUGCGCAAGGGCGAGAUCGCGCGGCGCUUCAACAUCCCGCCGUCCACGCUGAGUACCAUUCUGAAGAACAAGCGCGCCAUCCUGGCGUCGGAGCGCAAGUACGGUGUGGCCUCCACCUGCCGCAAGACCAACAAGCUGUCCCCCUAUGACAAGCUUGAGGGAUUGCUCAUCGCCUGGUUCCAGCAGAUCCGCGCCGCUGGCCUGCCGGUCAAGGGCAUCAUCCUCAAGGAGAAGGCGCUGCGUAUAGCUGAGGAGCUGGGCAUGGACGACUUCACCGCUUCCAAUGGCUGGCUGGACCGCUUUCGCCGACGCCACGGUGUAGUGUCCUGCAGCGGCGUGGCCCGCGCUCGGGCGCGAAACUCUGCACCCCGGGCCCCAGCAGCGUCUGCCAGCCCGGCCGCGGUGCCCUCGGAGGACAGCGGUGGGGGUACGACGGGCUGGCGCGCUCAAGAGGAACAGCCACCGUCGGUGGCCGAGGGCUAUGCCUCCCAGGACGUGUUCAGCGCUACCGAGACCAGUCUGUGGUACGACUUCCUGCCCGACCAGGCCACUGGGCUGUGCGGAGGAGAUGGACGGACGCGCCAAGCCACCCAGCGCCUGAGCGUCUUGCUGUGUGCAAACGCUGAUGGCAGCGAGAAGCUGCCCCCGCUAGUGGCUGGCAAGUCGGCGAAGCCCCGUGCAGGCCAAGCCGGCCUGCCCUGCGACUACACCGCCAACUCUAAGGGUGGUGUAACCACGCAGGCCCUGGCCAAGUACUUGAAGGCCCUCGACACCCGAAUGGCUGCAGAGUCUCGCCGGGUCCUCCUUCUGGCCGGCCGCUUGGCUGCCCAGUCCCUGGACACCUCAGGCCUGCGACACGUGCAACUAGCCUUCUUCCCGCCGGGCACCGUGCAUCCGCUAGAGCGGGGAGUGGUCCAACAGGUGAAGGGCCACUACCGCCAGGCUAUGCUGCUCAAGGCCAUGGCUGCACUAGAGGGCCAGGAUCGCUCGGGCUUGCAGCUGGGCCUCAUGGAGGCCCUGCACUUUGUGGCUGCAGCCUGGCAGGCAGUGGAGCCUUCGGACAUAGCCGCCUGCUUUCGGGAAGCUGGCUUUGGAGGUGGCCCUAAUGCCACCAUCACCACUUCUCUCAAGAGUGAGGGGGAGGAAGAGGAGGAGGAUGAGGAAGAAGAGGAAGAGGAAGAAGAGGGUGAAGGGGAGGAAGAGGGGGAAGAGGGUGAGGAAGAGGAGGAGGAGGAAGGAGGGGAAGGGGAGGAAUUAGGGGAGGAGGAGGAGGUAGAAGAGGAGGGUGAUGUUGAUGACAGUGAUGAAGAGGAGGAGGAGGAGGAGGAGGAGAGCUCCUCUGAGGGCUUGGAGGCUGAGGACUGGGCCCAGGGAGUGGUGGAAGCCGGUGGCAGCUUCAGAGGUUAUGGUGCUCAGGAGGAGGCCCAGUGCCCUACUCUCCAUUUCCUGGAAGGUGGAGAGGACUCUGAGUCGGACAGUGAGGAAGAUGAUGAUGAGGAAGAUGACGAUGAUGAAGAUGAUGAUGACGAUGAUGAUGAGGAUGGUGAUGAGGUGCCUGUACCCAGCUUUGGGGAGGCCAUGGCUUACUUUGCCAUGGUAAAGAGGUACUUGACCUCCUUCCCUAUUGAUGACCGUGUACAGAGCCACAUCCUCCACUUGGAACAUGAUCUGGUCCAUGUAACCAGGAAGAACCAUGCCAGGCAGGCAGGAGUUCGGGGUCUUGGGCAUCAAAGCUGAGUCAACAGGCCUAGCCAUGCCCCCAAUCCAGAUUGGAGGCAGCAGCCCAGGGCAAAGGACUCUGUGCACUUGCUAUGGAUGGAUUCAGAAGUGUGGAGCCCCAGAUCCUUUAGCAAUGUUUCUUUCCCUGGCCCUGGGGCAGACCUGGUCUCCUUGGUCUCACUGCCUGCUUAUUGCCUCUUUCUCAGAAUCCUCUUAUCUCCCCAUUUUCCCCUGGGCUCCAGGGGACCCUGUGGGGUGGGUGGGGAGCUGUCCGGUGCUACCACACCGUGCCCUCAGUGGACUAACCACAGCAGAAGCCAGGGGUGGGCCCUGGAAGCUCCUGGCUUGAGUGUGCCUCUCCCCUCUGCCGUCCACACCAGGUCUUUGGUGGGAGGGGACCCCAAAGCCAUUCUGGGAAGGACUCCAGAGGAAGGUCCAGCCUAGACCCCCAAAAGGCUGGCAGCCACCACCAACCCCCUCCUGGGCCAUAAGAAGCACAGUCUAACUCACCAUGGGCUCCUGAGCCUGCUUCUGCCUGCUCUCCACCUCCCCAGUUCCUUUCUCUGGCUCAGUCCAUGUGGCUUGGGCCCUUGGUUCUCUUUCCAGAUUGGAGGUUUCCAAGAGUUCCUCUAGGGGAGUGACAGUGGGUGCUUCCCUGGUGGGCAGCUACAGGCCCCACGCCUCUCCUCCCUUUCUGGCAGGGCGCCAUCCUGGGCAGAGGGGCCUGGGGCUGAGCCCAGAGUCCAGCCAUCCAGCUGCUCCUUUCCCAGUUCGAAUUCAAUAAACCUGUCCACUCCCCUUUUGUGGGGUGAACAUUUUAACAGCCAA